GUGCACCCCUGGAACCACUCCAAGGAGAAAAUCAGUCCCUAUGUGCUCCUGCCACAAGCUUUAAAGCUGACCGCUUGAGGGAAAGGCGCUGGGGGCUACUUCUGACUGGGGUUGUUGGCGGGACGCUCGUGGCUGUGUAUGCAGUAGCCACCCCCUUUGUGAUGCCAGCCCUCCGUAGUGUGUGCCUGCCCUUCGUUCCUGCAACUCCGCGGCAGGUCGACAACGUUGUGAGGAUGCUGCGCUGCAGGAGCGGACCCCUGGUGGACAUCGGCAGUGGUGACGGGCGCAUU